UAAAUACCACGAUGAUGAACUAGAAUCCAGAGCUUCAGUUUCUGAUCGUGUAUUAAGAUGUGCUCCAUAUGGUUGACGUUCUUCUUGUCAUUUCUCAUUUUGAACACAAAGGCCGAACAGGUGUACCAAACGUGUGCCGACGAAAGUUUCGAACCCAACGACUAUUGGAAGCAGAAAAUGCUAUGCAUGGCGUAUCGUUUUAAUUUCUACGGUUACAAAUCUAAUUCCAUGUAUGCUUUCAUGGACUGUACGUUCAUCAGAGUGGGUUGGAUGGACAAGGGAACUCGAAAGUGGAAUGUGGCCAAGAUGGCAGCAGAUAUGCAUGCUUCUGGUUUCCCAGACAGAACAGCAGAGUUAACCGAAAUCGAAGCCAUGUGUAAUAUGGAGUUCAGGAACAAGCUCGGCCCAAUGAGUUACUAUCGCUGUAUAGAAACCAGUAAGCAAGGACCAGGAGAAUUUAAACAAAUGCUACGAAAUAGAGAGGUGGAGUUUUUCAGCAAAAAUCAAUGCCAAGGAGUAGAUUUAGAUUGAGUUUUCUAAUGGUAAUUUGAGAGGCUGGUGUUAAUUUGGAAAAAUAUAAAUAUAUUGCUUUUGAUAUAUGUUAUCAAUUUUUGAACGGUUUAACAGUUCGUACAUUCUUCAAAGAUACUCUUCAUAACCUUUCCGAAGAGGAGCACCUGAAACAAGGACAUUCGAUCUCUAUAUAAGAAAUGUAAUUUAAUACAGAAAAUGUAAGAUUUAAAGCAAAAAAAGUAUUAAGAAUUGUAUUAAAAUUUUGCAGAAUCUUGUUUGGUGCAAACGUUUUUUUUAAAUUCCAAAUAAAUGAUUCCGAAUAUCGAA